GACCUGAGGAGUCAGGAUUUGACGUGUCUUUGAGUUGCUCCUCACACCUUCAUAUCAUUAUGGACUCCUCUUCAGUCCUUCAUCAGCAAAGUCAGAACAAAAUUCGCAGUGACUUCAUGAGAACGAAGAAUGAACAUAACAAAAUGCCUGCGCACCGAAAGCCUUCCAAACUCCUCCCCGCACCUCCCCUUUCCAACCAGAAUAUUGAGAACCAGGAUCCAGGAAACUCAGAAAUGGCUAAGAAGGCACCUGUGCGACCAGGUGUAAGUAGGAUUCCAGUGCUGGCAAAGUCCCUUAGUCUUCCGACGACGUCCGACUUCGUUCAAUCUCACUGUAGGUGGGAGGAGAAACCUCUUGCUGGGAAAACUAAGAAGAAAAAGCCGUGCACCAGGCCUGUACCUUUCAACCUGUCUCAACCUAAGGGCUCAAGAAUGGCCACUGAAAAUCAGCAGCCCCUCACUGUGUCACAAUCAAGGACUGGCACUCAUGCUGUCCAACCUGAUAACAAUGUAUGCAAUGAUCGUCUAAAAGCCCAAAACAUAAAUGUAAAACCUACUAAACAUCCAGCUAUGUUAAACCGCAAUAUGGACUCAACCAAAGGUACAGGGACGUCUAAUGUAAAGGCGACGGAAGACACAUGCAGGCCUUGCAACACAUCUAAGACUUCUGCCACUUUGGCCAAACCUUUGGCAGCCAUUUCUAAUAAUGCUAUGCAUCAGACCAGAGAUGUUUCUUGCACAGCACAGCCUGCUGUUAGUGCAGAGGCCUGUUUGGAUAACAUGCGCCUGCUCAGUCUCAAAGAUCCAGCCAAGUCAUCUCAUGCUAGCCAAAACAUGCAGCUGACCACGCAGGACAAUGUUUACAAAAGUUCAACCGACAAAGGGAAGAACUUCCACUCUGAUCAUGCGGCUUUGCUCAGUAUCCUCCGGAACGAAGGAGUAAGUGCUACAGGAUCUGCAACUCCACACUCAAAACACUACGACUAUCUGCCCCAGCGAGUUUCUAUCAUGAAGAGUCGACAAAAAGCUGAACCCAUUACAAGAUUACUGAAGUCGGUGCAGUUCUCCCCAGACUUCGCUGCACUGCAAAGUAUCCUGCACAACGAAGGAGUGAAGGCUGGAGGGCCCGUGGAGGGCAGAAACUCCGUCUGUCCGGGCAGAGGCACUUCAAUCUACACAGCUCAGAGAGUGCCGGUUAGAAAGAAUCACGCAGAGGCGACCGGAGGACCAGGAACACUAGCACUCAAAGAGACUCCGCUGAAGAAAUGGACUCCUCAGAGGGUCCGCGACACCAGGCAUCGGCCCAUGUCUGCUAUGAAAUGGCCUCUGUCGACACAACAGUCACCGUACACAUGCACUCCCGGGCUGCGGAGCUGCAAAACCAACCUUCAGCCGCGACAGGAGGAGAUUGUCCAGAGGUUAUUUGAUGAUCAAGAGGACGAGCAGAGCACAAGUGUGACGGAUACAGAUCCUGAGACACGAGCAGACCAGCUCCCAAUUCAAGCCACUACUACUAAAUCCCACAGUGAAGAGAAGGUAGAGGCGAGCAGGGUCAGCAGCGAGGAGGAGGAAGAGGAAGAAGAGGAGGAGGAGGAGGAGGAGCAGGGGAUUGUGGGAGGAAAGCCGUUCUUCCAAGCACUGCAAAGAGAGUCUGUCAUUUUUUUCUCAACGGGCAAAUCGUUGUUAAGAGUUCCACGUUUUAAGAAGGAGGAGAGCUCGCUCCGUCACGAGCAGUCAGUGAAGUCAGUGCCAACCUGUCAGACCAACCCUUCUGUUCAGAGUCUGCACAGAGACCUCAUUGUUCAAAAGACUUGGGCUCUGAGUCCUGUGGCGAUGCUGCGUAAGCGUUUUCCUCCUCUGGACGAGCUUCGCAUGGACGAAGAGGUGGCCUCCUACACCUCAGUGUCUGUCCCGGCUGCUCCUGGGUUUCUCCCCCCUCGGUCCCGCUGUGGAAACCCGCUGGUCUCCAUCCUGCACUCCGAAGACUCCUUUACAUUUCUUCCGAUUGGUUUGUCCGACACUGGUUGCCAGCUUCAAUACAAGUCCAAAGAACACUACUAGUAAAUUUGUUUUAGAAACCUUUUUGACUUUGUAAAUGUUAAUGACCGCGCUCAGUAAAUGCUUUCUUAAAAAAAGAAAAAGGUUAUUUCUGUUUGAAUAACUCUUGUUUUACACAGCAGGCUCAUUAAUGUGGAUGCACGCCUAUUAGAAACAAUGUUUUUUAAAUGAAUAAAAACAAACUAAAGCGUUUUAAAAGGUCAAUAAAGACUUAAUCAGUGUUAUAGCUUUAGUAUACAUAGAGAAUGUACAGUGUUUAUAAUAAAUUUAUAUGUUACUGUCUGGC